AUGAAUCAAGAAAUUAUAGAUCUCAUCAUGAAUUUUAUUAAAAGUCCGACAACAUCAUCAUUUGAUGAAGUUUAUAUGGCAAUUUGGAAUGCAAUCGAGCAAAAAGUUGACUUAAAACCAUCAAUUAUGCAUAUUAUUGACGAAUUGACUCAAGUUCCCACAGAAGGUGAUACGGAUUUACAAAUAUUUUAUAAUAAGCUAGAAACUUAUCGUAGGAAUGUCGAAAUAUUGAUGAGUUUUUUCACUUAUUAUGAUUCUACACUUGGCGAUAAAGAGAAUGAAACAAUUGCAGCACUAGCUACUGCCCAAAUAUUGUCGAAAUACUUUUAUAAUGAAGCAACAAUUGUUUCAUUGCAAAAAUGCGUAACUGAAAUUUUCUCGUCUUUCCUUAGAAAUAACGUUCCAAUUCCGAAAGAAUUGACAAAAAUAUCUCUUUAUAUCAAUAGAGUAUCUAUUGAUCUCUAUGUUAAAGUCUUUAGUACUACUUUCCAAACUGAAUUGAAAUUUUAUCUUCAAUCAAUAUCAUUUAGCGAAACACAAAAUACAAUGGACGAAAUUAACCUCAUUUAUUCAACUUACAUGCGAAUUUAUGAAGGAAUUGAUACAUCAUUACCUCCAUUUACAAAACAACACCUCCGAGAGUUAUUUAACGCAUUAGUUACUGAUAACGAAUUAGAAAGAAUCACAGCUACGCAAUCAAUUAAAGAAGCAAUUGAGACAAAUACUAUUGGUACUUUAUUCAAAGUAAUCCAGAUCGGCAGAAAAGAAUGGUUCAAGAAAUUUGCUAAUUCGUUCAAAGAAUACCUUAAAAAUCUUCUUGAAUCAUUCCCUGAGUCUUCAUUCCCAGAUUUUUGCGAAUUUACAUCAAAAGCUUAUAACGACGCAUGCGUCUUAAACCAAGAAUCAUUUGGUGGCACAUUAUCCCAAGAAAUCAAGUCAUCUUUUGUUAGAUAUCUUGAUGAACAACAAUUUUCCGAUAAAUUGUGCACAUACCAUGACCAGAACCAAGAGCCACUCCAAACAAUUGCUCCUCUAUGCAAAUUCCUUGACAACGAUGGUAAUUUUUCAGAUCAAUACGCAAGAUAUCUUACACGUCGUCUUUUAAGCAACACGACCACCGUAGAAAAAGAGAACCAAUUGUAUACAUUCUUUAAAGAUAAUGGGGUCAACCUAGAAGACAUCGGAAAGAUACUUGAUGAUUUUGGAAACCCUCCGCGUAUGUCUGCCAAUAUUAACGGUACGGAAGUCAACAUAUUUAUCCUUAAUACAUUUAAUUGGAGUGUUUUGAAGAAGAUUAACUACACACUUCCGAAAUUUUUCGAUUAUUUGUUCAAAACUGCCUUGGCUCAAUCAGAUUUUGAUUCCAAGUUCAAAGUAAUCAAUCCCACAGAUAACUGUUCCAGCAUAGAAUUCUCAAAUGGCACUACAACCUUCGUUCUCGGACUUCUUCACGCUUGUAUUGUCCAUUUGAUACUUGAACAAGGCGGAAUAACAUUCCAAGAGCUCAAGGACCAGCUGAAGAGUAAUGAUUCCGACUCAAGUUUCGACAGCGACCUCAAAGUUGCCAUGAAAUCUCUUAUUGAUUCAAAGAUCAUCGAACAAAAGGGAGAUAGCUUCGUUUUCCUUGGCCCACCAAAGGACACAAUUGGUCUACAGGAUGAAUCAACAGAGAUUCCCAAGAGAACUGUUGAAAGUGUUCAUUUCAACAACUGUAACGACCAAAUUGAGGCAGCUACCUACAAAUUCCUCAAAUCAAGGAGAUCUGCAACAGUUGAUGAGAUAGUUGAAGCAGUUUACAAUGUUUUAAGACCGAAAUUUGAUCCUCCAAGGGAAGAUAUCGAGAAAUGCUUGAACAAACUCGUGGAAAGAGAAUAUAUAAUUCCUCAUGGUGGUCUCCAGAAUAGCUAUAGAAUAAGCAAACAUUAG